AUGGUCGCCGUGUUUAGACCUUCUUGUUGAGGCGGAGACACAAAGUCUACGUCUACUCAAUGCCAUCGAUCAGCCAUGGAAAAGGAGAUCUUCCUAAUCAUUGUCCUCACCCACGUUUCAGUUAAUUCUUAUUUAACUCUGGUGGAGGAAGCCAGUCACCCAGUACUGUUAGGUAACGUGGCCAAUCUCACAGACAUAUCCAGGAUACUGGCAUCAGAAGACCUCAGCUCACUGAGAUACACUAUAGUUUCUCGUUCAGACAAACUGGACAGGAAAUUCGAAAUUGAUGAUAUUUCAAGUGACCUAUCUGCAGUAGAAGCUAUCGACAGAGAAGAAAUGUGCAGCGAUGUACAAGAGUGUAUUUUGAAAAUGGACAUAGCCGUGCAAUCUUUGACUAGUGCGUUUUUCAUGAAAUUUCACGUCAAUAUAAAAGUUAUUGACAUCAAUGACAAUACACCUGAGUUUGAAGUUGAAAGUUUUCGUACGAGUGUUGCGGAAAAUGCGAAAAUUGGGUGGUCCAUAGCGCUCCCUAAUGCUGUAGAUAAGGACGGGUCAGCUAAUAAUCAUUUAAUUUCCUACAAUUUAUCUCCAACGCAUAUUCCAUUCGACCUGGAGAUUAAAGAUAAUACACCCUGGUUAGUGCUGGUAUCCCAGCUUGAUAGAGAAACAACACAGCGUUAUAUAACAUCGGUCAUAGCCAUUGAUGCUGGGGAUACGACAAGGAAUAGUACUCUGUCCGUGUAUAUUAAUGUUAGCGACGCCAAUGACAACCCUCCAGUGUUUCAACAGAAGUCAUACGAAACAAGGAUACCCGAAUCUAUAAAUACAAAUGCUACCAUUCUACAAGUUACAGCUGAAGAUUUAGACGCGGGUGUAAACAGCAGAGUGGAGUAUUCGCUUGCUAGAGACAAUGCACCAAAUGUGAAAAAGUAUUUUCAGAUAGAUCCUUUAUCUGGUGGAAUACGUGUUCUGACAUCAUUACGAUCGGAAGGUGGGAAACAAUUUGAUAUAACGGUACAAGCCUCCGAUUCGGGUUUUCCUGUACUGUCAGCAUAUGUUUAUAUAGCCGUUUUCAUAACGGAUACCCAGAAUGACGCUCCGUCGAUAAACACACAGCUGCUCUUCAGUCGAAACGGAGUUGCAUCGAUUCAAGAGUCUUCUCCCUUUGGGCGAGUUGUCGCCCUUGUUAAUGUUGACGAUAACGAUUCUGGUUUUAACGGCGAAGCCAUUUGCUCCAUGGAAAAUAACUAUUUUCAACUUCAAAGACUUCAACAGAACGAAUAUAAAGUGUCGUUACGACGACCAUUGAACCGAGAGCUGAUAUCAAAGCACGAUCUCGUCAUCAGCUGUCACGACUUGGGAAAUCCACCUUUAACAUCCACAUCGUCGUUUACAGUUGUAGUUGAAGAUGAAAAUGACAGCCAACCGGUGUUUGAGAGUGACAUAUAUCGGUUUGUUGUUCAAGAAAACUCCACACUACCCAUGUACAUAGGCAAGGUUUCGGCGCUGGACAGGGAUGCGGGGAUCAAUGGUGACGUGAUGUAUGACCUUGUCGGUGACGUCAACAACAAACAAUUCAUGUUAAGUAUAAAUAACACGGGUCACAUUGUAGCAAAUACAUAUCUGGAUUAUGAAAUGUCGUCCCAAAUAGUUCUGAACGUAUCCGCAAUUGAUAUGGGAGAGAAUCCCUUAACAGCCACAACCACAGUAUUCGUCAACGUUACGGAUAAAAAUGAUAACUUUCCACUGUUUGAAAAAUCGCUAUAUUCUUUCCGUAUCCUUGAAAACGAGCCUGUGAAAUAUGUACUGGGGUGUGUGUUAGCUAAAGAUGCUGAUUCAGGAGGGAACGGAAAUGUAUCCUACACCGGAUUGACGGAAGGCAGACAAGAUGUCUUACCUUUCUCAGUGACGUCAACCGGAUGUGUUACCCUUUCUGAAAAGUUGGACUACGAGCGAAUCAAUACAUACGAAUUCGGAAUUGUAGCAACAGAUCACGGAGACCCCGUUAUGAACACGACGGCUUUUGUGUCGAUUUCUUUAAUCGAUGAAAAUGACAACAAUCCUGUUAUUGUAUUUCCUAUGGAGAAUAAUGACACCAUCGUCAUCGGACACAGAACCGCAGCAAAAACAGACAUCGCUGUAGUCCAGGCUUAUGAUAUGGACAGCAGUGAAAACGGCAAGUUACUUUACUCGUUAGUUUCACAAAAUGAGUCGGAUCUCUUUGAAAUUGACACUACUUCCGGGUAUAUUUCAACCACACGUGAAAUAGACAUAGUACAUGAUAUAAACACCUACAUACUGUGGAUCCAUGUGUCUGAUUGUGGCACGCCUCAGCUACAGGCAACAGCUUAUCUCAACGUUCAAAUUCAGGAAUUAUCGGUGAUGGAUGAGGGAGUUUCAGACCGCUUCAAGAAUUUAAAGAUUGUUACGGUUCUGGUUUGUGUGACGGUUCUGUUGUCCUUAUCGGUCAUGACGAUCGUGUGUCUUAUUAAAUAUUUGGACAAACGAAAAAAACAGGUUACGAUUACCAGACCUAGACAUCUGGGUUUACGAGACUUCAACGAGAUCACGAUCGCCCCUGAAAUGUACAACUCCACCACAUCUGAUAGGACGAAAUAUGUUGCUAAUAACAUGUCAUACCUCACUGAUUUAUCUGAUGGUCCAUCAGUGUACACAAGUACAGCCUCAAGGCAAAAUAGAUACAAUGAUGUCAUAAGGUCGUCACGUGACCCAAAAAUGAACUCAAAAGAUGAUGAUGAUGAUGAAAAGAAAUCAUGUCGUCAUCAUAAAAAGGCGAUGCAAGCUGGCGUGAACACAUGGAAGCCCGUCAAUGACCUUCACUCUGAUCCUGAGGUCAGCGUCCUUGACAUUAUGCAGCGUCACAAUCAGGUCGUGCGGUCGGUCAAGGCCAACCGAAAACAAAGACAUAAAUGUGUAGCUGAUGUAUUUUACAAAGAAGAGUUGGGCUGGAGCCCCAGAGAUCCCCUCGAAAGUGACAGCGGUGUCGGCGGCAGUGAUAUCGAGAUGAAAAUGUCUAAGAUUACGAUACCUGUUUAGGAAGGAUGGGUGUCGAAGAAGCAAAAGACAGCUGUUUUCUGUGUCUCUGUGAUGUGAUGAUGACCGACAACCACGUGCCGCAAUCUCUGUCAUCAGCAAUUGACCGCUACCGUGGCGAUGCCCUGUCUCCAUAGUGCAUUUGCUCAAAGCGGAACGGAAUUUAGUUUCAAAUCCAACGUAAAAUUCUUUGUAUCCGGCCGUGAAUAAAAUACAUGUUAACAAUUUACGACUGAAACGAUUGGCCGACACAACAUCACGAUAUUCUCAAACAAAUUAUAAGCGUAAACAAAUUUGUUUUGUUUGUCUGUUUGUUUGUUGUUUAACGCCGCACUCAGCAAUAUUUCAGCUAUAUGACGAUGGUCUGUAAAUAAUCGAGUCUGGACCAGACAAUCCAGUGACUGAUGUCAUGAACAUCGAUCUACGCAAUUGCGACACGAUGACGAAGGGUUUCUGAAGACCUUUUCUACCUCGGAUCUGCACGGGUCUCAUGACUUGUAGAGAAUCUGUUCAAGAUAAUAGAAAUAACAUGUGUAAUUUAUAGCUUUAAAAACCUCAUUCUAAUGGCCUAUCAACUGGCUGAAAUUAGCAAUUUGGGUUUAUGACAAGUCCAAUAUUCAGUACCGUACCGAAAGGUGUGUUGGAAAACUAUUUUUAUCUGAUGUUAAUCCAUAACUCUGACCUGAUAUAGAGCUCCCUCGGUGGUAUCAUCAGUUUUCGUUUAGAUCUCCAUUUUAUGUGACAUAUUUUUAUCAAAACGGAGAAAAAAUACACUGUGUGUUUGGUGAUGUUGUUACAACGAUAUGUUGUAUCGUUAUUCGUUUUGCGCACAUCUUUCCCUGCUUGUAAUUGCACAUAUACUGUGCACAUUCUACACAGAAAUAUACCUUAGAGAAUUAUGUCCACGCAUAGUUCAUACAGAAUUAUAUAUCGGUGAAGGUGGUUCGCUCGUCACGCCGAAAACCCGGGUUCGAUUCUCCACAUGGGUACCAUGUGUGGAACCCAUUGCUGGUGUCCCCGCCGUGAUUUCGCUGGAAUAUUGCUAAAACGGCAUAAACCAACUCCCUCAAUCCAUUCAAGUCAAUCUGAGCAUAGUUUGUGCAUGCAAGUUGAACAUUAGGUGCAUCGUUUUACUCCCUCUAAAAUAUAUAAAAUAAAUAAAAACAUAUUUGAGUAAAAACAAUAUUUCAGUCAUUGCAAAUAGCACUUCUACCUUAUACCCAACAUCUCACCUCUCGGGGAGUGUAAAUACUUUCAACUCAUUCUGUGAAGCCGGCAUCAUUUUGUAAAUAA